AGAGACCCGGGCCCCCUCCCCCACUCACCCUCCAUCCCCCCAGCCCGGGCGGGAGGACCCCUGAGCCGUGUGGGGCUUCCCUCCAAUGAAGGGACUCGUCCCGAGGAGCAGGCUAGCGGAGCUGGGCGGGAGCCUCGCAGCGGCCCCUGGAUGGGGGUGAAGAGAAGCCUGCAGAGCGCCGGCCUGUGCCUGGGCAUCUUGGCCAACGUCCUGGUCGUGCUGGCCACCUCCACCGACUUCUGGAGCCGCUUCUCCGACGGCCACAACGGGCUGUGGAGACUCUGCCGAAGAAGGAACUGCACCAACUCCCCCUGCGAGACCAUGCUGGCGGCCACAGCGGCCUGUGUGGUGCUGGCCGCCGGCUCGGGCCUCUUGGCCUCCACGCUGGCCGUCAGGGUCCUGCUCGCCUCCAGGACCGGGAACCUCAUCCCCCCGCGUGGGCGGAACGCCUGCCUGGUGUUCUUUCUGAGCGCGCUGCUGCUGCUGGCAGGCAUGGUGGGCUACACUGCGCGGGACGCGUGGAAGGCGGACAGCUUCUUCUCCUGGUCCUACUUCAUCGCCUGGCUGGCCCUGCCCUUCUCCAUCCUCGCAGGUAGCGAGGUGCAGGCUUCUGCUUCCUCUUCGCGGACAUGAUCCUGCAGAGCACAGACGCCAUCAGCGGUUUCCCUGUGUGCUUGUGAGCUGCUGGGAGGACCUAGACUAAUAAAGGCGCUUCCCUCCCCUUGUCUUGCUGGAUUUCCCUGCUCCGGGAAGCCUUCCCGGAUAACCCCUGAUGGGGGAGUGGGGGAAAGGGAUGGAAGGACUUAAAUUGUGGAAGGGGAGGGGAAAAGG